CUCUCCCCUAGCUUUGCUCUGGCCGCUUUGUCCCCACGGGGGAGGAGGGAGGAGAGAAAGUGAGUCUGCGCGCUCAGCACCGCAGCCCCCGAUCCCAGAGACGCGGAAGGCGGGCGGGCGUGGAGCUCGGGCUCCUUCGCUGCUUGGUCAAGGGUAUGCCCAGGUUCCAGUUCUGCAGGAAAGUAUAGAGAAAAUUCGGGGAGAAGACCUGCAGCCCUUGUUGUGAGACAAUCCUCAGAGCUGAGGAGGAGUCCCUCCGUGGGAGUGGUCUCAGAUUCUCCCAGCGGAGGAAAGUGGGUGCUGGGGGAAGAUGUCCAGUAAGGGCGCAAAGAGGGCAAAGACACACACGGAGAAAGUUCCACCUUCUCAAGACCAGACCAUGAAGGAAGAUCAUAAGAGAAGAAGUCAUAAGAAGAGAGCAUCCAUUGCAGUCCAUUUGGCCAAAUUUCAGGGAUUGGUGACCUUCAAAGAUGUGUCUGUGGACUUCUCCCGGUCUGAGUGGAAGCAGCUGAAACCUGCUCAAAAGGAACUGUACAGAGAUGUGAUGCUGGAGAAUUAUAAGAACCUGGUCUCCCUGGGACUUCAGUCCUUUAAACCAGAUGUGAUCACCCGGCUAGAGCAAGGGGAAGUACCAUGGACACCAACAGACCACAACCCAAAAGAUUCCUUUCAUCAUAAGACUGACCAUGGGACCAAGGUGUCAACUCCAAAGCAGGAUAUCUGUGUGAGAGUGUCCUCUAAGAUAAAAUUUGCAAAAGAUGAUUCACAGGAUUCAAAGCUUAGAAAAGUUGAUGAUUCACAGGAUUCAAAGCUUAGAAAAGUUUAUAAUUCAAAGGAUUCAAAGCUUAGAAAACUUGAUGAUUCACAGGAUUCAAAACUUAGAAAAGUUGAUGAUUCACAGGAUUCAAAAAUUAGAAAAGCUUAUGAUUCACAGGAUUCAAAGCAUAGAAAAGUUUGUGAUUCACAGGAUUCAAAGCUUAGAAAAGUUUGUGAUCCACAGGAUUCAAAGCUUAGAAAAGUUUAUGAUUCACAGGAUUCAAAGCAUAGAAAAGUUUAUGAUUCACAGGAUUCAAAGCAUAGAAAAGUUUGUGAUUCACAGGAUUCAAAGCAUAGAAAAGUUUGUGAUUCACAGGAUUCAAAGCUUAAAAAAGUUUAUGAUUCACAGGAUUCAAAGCUUAAAAAAGUUUAUGAUUCACCGGAUUCAAAGCUUAGAAAAGUUUGUGAUUCGCAGGAUUCAAAGCAUAGAAAAGUUUAUGAUUCACAGGAUUCAAAGCUUAGAAAAGUUUAUGAUUCGCAGGAUUCAAAGCAUAGAAAAGUUCAUGAUUCACCAGAUUCAAAGCUUAGAAAAGUUCAUGAUUCACCGGAUUCAAAGAUUAGAAAAGUUCAUGAUUCACCGGAUCCAAAGCUUAGAAAAGUUCAUGAUUCACCGGAUCCAAAGCUUAGAAAAGUUCAUGAUUCACCGGAUCCAAAGCUUAGAAAAGUUCAUGAUUCACCGGAUCCAAAACUUAGAAAAGUUUAUGAUUCACCGGAUUCAAAGCUUAGAAAAGUUCAUGAUUCACCGGAUUCAAAGCUUAGAAAAGUUCAUGAUUCACCGGAUUCAAAGCUUAGAAAAAUUUCUGGAGGCAAUAAUAGCAAGCCAGAGAUAAAGAAGGAAAAGCUGGAAAAACAAAUCAAGAAGGAAGUGCUUGAUCACGACAACAAUUUCAAUGAGCCAAAGGCCCAUAGCAACAAUACAUCGGAGAAAAAAUGCACCCCGGUGUCAGUAUCUACUUCACGACAGUCCAAUACAGUUCCAGUGAGGAAAAGUGUCCAUAAAUGUGAUAUAUCUAGAGAAAGCUUCUUCAAACAGCUUUCAGAACUAAUUAAACAUAGCAAAAUCUCCUUUGGGAAGAAUAUUAACAAGUAUAAUAAUGAUAAGCAAACUUUGAGUAACCACACAGAUUCUACUCAAAACCAUGAAAGGCGUAAUGAAGAAAAACUUGGUAAAGAUAACAAAUGUGGGAAGGAUGACAACGUGCCCAGGAAACCCCAGACUGAACUCCAGAGAAGCUAUAUUAAAGACAAACGCAACCGAUGUAAUGAAUGUGGAAAAACCUUCACACGAAGCACAGGACUUUCUGAACAUAAGAAAAUCCAUAAGGGAGAGAAACCCUUUGAGUGUGAUGAAUGUGGGAGGACCUUCACGGCAAAGGGAAGACUUAAUGAACAUCAGAAAGUUCAUACAGGAAAGAAGCCUUAUAAAUGUCAUGAAUGUGGCAAAGCCUUUACCGGGAGAGGACGGCUUAAUGAACACCAGAAAGUUCAUACAGGAGACAAGCCCUAUGAGUGUAAUGAAUGUGGGAAGGCCUUCAUACAGAAGGGCACGCUGCUGGAACAUCAGAAUGUUCACACUGGAGAGAAGCCCUAUGAAUGUAAACAGUGUGGAAAAGCCUUCAGACAGAGGGGACAGCUUCGUGAACAUCAAAAAAUCCAUACGGGAGAAAAACCUUACAAGUGUCAUGAAUGUGGAAAAGCUUUCUCAGGAAAAGGGCGACUUACUGAUCAUAAGAAAAUUCAUUCAGCAGAUAAACCCCACAAAUGUAGUGAAUGUGGGAAAGGUUUCAUCCAAAAGUCACACCUUAUUGACCAUCUAAAAGUUCAUACAGGAGAGAAACCUUAUAAAUGUAAUCAGUGUGGGAAAGCUUUUAUAAAGAAGGCACUACUUAAUGGGCAUCAGAAAAUCCAUACUGGAGUAAAACCCUACGAAUGUGAUCACUGUGGAAAAGCCUUCACGCUGAAAGGACGCCUUAAUGAGCAUCUGAAAAUCCAUACUGGAGAGAGACCCUAUGAGUGUGUUCAGUGUGGGAAAGGUUUCAUAGUGAAGGCACGACUUACUGAGCAUCUGAAGAUCCAUACUGGCGAGAAACCUCACAAAUGUGCAGAGUGUGGAAAAUCCUUCACGCAAAGUGGACAGCUUACUGAACAUAUGAGAAUUCAUUCUGGCUUAAAACCUUUCAAAUGUAGUCAUUGUGGGAAGGCCUUCACACAUAAGGGACGACUUGGUGAACAUCAGAAAAUUCACACUGGAGAGAAACCCUUUGAGUGUAGUCAGUGUGGCAAAGCCUUCACCCAAAGUGGACAGCUUAAUGAACACAUGAAAAUUCAUACUGGAGAAAAACCAUUUGAAUGCAAGCAGUGUGGGAAGGCCUUUACACGGAAGGAAAGACUUAGUGAACAUCAGAGAAUUCAUACUGGAGUGAUACCCUAUGAAUGUAAUGAAUGUGGGAAAGCCUUUACACGGAAAGAAAGACUUAGCGAACAUCAGAGAAUUCAUACUGGAGCAAAACCCUUUGAAUGUAAUGAAUGUGGAAAAACCUUCAGUCGUAGGACAUCCUUUUUUUAUCAUCAGAAGACUCAUACGAUAUAAAAACCUUAUGAAUGUAAUGAAUGUGGGAGAACGUUUGGUGUAGGAUAUCCCAUGUCAUCAGAGAAAUGUUAUUAGAAAGAAACUGAGUAUAUUGAAUAUGGGAAAUCCUACAUCAAUAGCUAAAAUCCUAAAAAGUAUAAAAUAAUUUAUAUCAAAGAGAAUCUGUAAAUGAAAGCACAUGAAAUAUAAUUUUAUUAUCAAAUUAUUCACACUAAAGAGAAACCAUAUGAAUACAGUAAAUGUGAUUUUAAGCAUUCAAUAAUAACUCAAACCUUAAUCAAAAAAUCUCACCUUAGUGAAAAGAAAUCUAUAACUGCAGUGAAGGAAAGCAGUAGCAACAACUUGAAUGCUAUAAAUCAUCUGUGAACUUAAACAUUCAUACAAAAGAUGGGUGUGAUAAAUAUGCGAAGGCCUUCAAAUAGAUAAGAUGACUUAUUAUAUAUCCGAAAAUUCAUGCUAAAAACAUUCUAUAGAUAUGAUGGUUUCCUAAUGCUUCAUUGUGUCCCUGAUAUAAAUCCAACUAGAAUAUAAUGAGUAGUUUGGGGAUAUAUAAUUGCAGUGUCUGUUCAAUGUUAUUUAAACAUUUCACAUCAAUAUAUUUAGGUGUUUUGUUUUCUCUGCUUUAUCCCUUCUUGGUUUGGGUAGCAGGAUCAUUUUUGUCUAAUAAAAUGAGAUUGUUAGAGU